AUGGUCCGCGCGUUCUCAAUCAUUGCCCUCUUUGCCGCCGUCGUCAGUGUGACGGCUGACGGUGUCUGUCAAUGCCUGUACAAGGACGGUUCCCACUGUUGUGUCGUCGAAUAUGGCCUGAGAAAGGACCGCUGCACUAGUCUCUGCUUGAACAACGGGCCAAGCGGCAAACCGAACUGCAACGCCAACGGUGCACACACCUAUGCCAGUGAGUGGCAUGGAGGUUGGCGACUCAGUUGCCGAGACUAG